AUGACACAGCGGCCCAGAGGAACCCCAGUGCCCGGACCUGGAGAGGCGGAGCCCAGCGCCCGGACCAAGAGAGGGAGACCCCAGAGCCCGGACCUGGAGAGGAGACCCCAGCACCCGGACCUGGAGAGGGGGACCCCAGAGCCUGGACCCGGAGAGGAGACCCCAGACCCAGAGAGGGAGACCCCAGCGCCCGGACCUGGAGAGGAGACCCGAGCGCCUGGACCUGGAGAGGGAGACCCCAGAGCCUGGACCCAGAGAGGAGACCCCAGCGCCCAGACUGGGAGAAGGAGACCCCAGAGCCUGGACCCAGAGAGGAGACCCCAGCGCCCAGACUGGGAGAAGGAGACCCCAGAGCCUGGACCCAGAGAGGAGACCCCAGCGCCCAGACUGGGAGAAGGAGACCCCAGAGCCUGGACCCAGAGAGGGACCCCAGGCCCAGAGAGGGGGACCCCAGAACCCAGACCCGGAGAGGAGACCCCAGACCCCAGACCAGAAGAGGGAGACCCCAGACCCCAGACCCAGAGAGAGAGACCCCAGCACCCAGACCCAGAGAGGAGACCCCAGCGGCCAGACCCGGAGAGGGAGACCCCAGACCCCAGACCCAGAGAGGAGACCCCAGCGGCCAGACCCGGAGAGGGAGACCCCAGACCCAGAGAGGAGACCCCAGCACCUGGACCCGGAGAGGGAGACCCCAGAGCUUGGACCCGGAGAGGAGACCCCAGACCCAGAGAGGGAGACCCCAGCGCCCGGACCCGGAGAGGAGACCCCAGCACCUGGACCCGGAGAGGAGACCCCAGCGCCCGGACCUGGAGAGGGAGACCCCAGAGCCUGGACCCAGAGAGGAGACCCCAGCGCCCAGACUGGGAGAAGGAGACCCCAGAGCCUGGACCCAGAGAGGAGACCCCAGCGCCCAGACUGGGAGAAGGAGACCCCAGAGCCUGGACCCAGAGAGGGACCCCAGGCCCAGAGAGGGGGACCCCAGAACCCAGACCCGGAGAGGAGACCCCAGACCCCAGACCAGAAGAGGGAGACCCCAGACCCCAGACCCAGAGAGAGAGACCCCAGCACCCAGACCCAGAGAGGAGACCCCAGCGGCCAGACCUGGAGAGGGAGACCCCAGACCCAGAGAGGAGACCCCAGCGGCCAGACCCGGAGAGGGAGACCCCAGACCCAGAGAGGAGACCCCAGCACCUGGACCCGGAGAGGGAGACCCCAGAGCUUGGACUCGGAGAGGGAGACCCCAGAUCCCGGACCCGGAGAGGGACCCCAGACCCAGAGAGGGAGACCCCAGAGAGAGGAGACCCCAGCGCCCGGACCCGGAGAGGGAGACCUCAGACCCAGAGAGAGAGACCCCAGCACUCCGACCCGGAGAGGAGACUCCAGAGCCCAGACCCGGAAAGGGAGACCCCAGAGUCCGGACCCAGAGAGGAGACCCCAGAACCCAGAGAGGGAGACCCCAGCGCCCGGACCUGGAGAGGGACCCCAGACCCUAGAGGGAGACCCCAGAGGCCAGACCCAGAGAGGAGACCCCAGCACCUGGACCCAGAGAGGGAGACCCCAGAUCCUGGACCCGGAGAGGGACUCCAGACCCAGAGAGGAGACCCUAGCACCUGGACCCAGAGAGGGAGACCCCAGAGCCUGGACCCAGAGAGGAGACCCCAGCGCCCGGACCUGGAGAGGGAGACCUCAGACCCAGAGAGAGAGACCCCAGCGCCCGGACCCGGAGAGGAGACCCUAGAGCCCAGACCUGGAGAGGGAGACCCCAGAGCCCAGAUCCAGAGAGGAGACCCCAGCACCCGGAGAGGGAGACCCCAGCGCCCAGACCCAGAGAGGGAGACCCCAGACCCAGAGAGGGAGACCCCAGAGCCCGGACCCAGAGAGGAGACCCCAGCACCCGGAGAGGGAGACCCCAGCGCCCGGACCCAGAGAGGGAGACCCCAGCGCCCGGACCCGGAGAGGGAGACCCCAGAGCCCGGACCCAGAGAGGGAGACCCCAGAGCCCGGAGAGGGAGACCCCAGAGCCCAGACCCAGAGAGGAGACCCCAGCACCUGGGUCUGGAGAGGGAGACCCCAGAGCCUGGACCCGGAGAGGAGACCCCAGACCCUAGAGGGAGACCCCAGAGGGCAGACCCAGAGAGGAGACCCCAGCGCGGGGACCCAGAGAGGAGACCCCAGCACCUGGGCCUGGAGAGGGAGACCCCAGAGCCUGGACCCGGAGAGGAGACCCCAGACCCUAGAGGGAGACCCCAGCGCGGGGACCCAGAGAGGAGACCCCAGCGAGGGGACCCAGAGAGGAGACCCCAGCACCCGGACCCAGAGAGGGAGACCUCAGCGCCCGGACCCAGAGAGGAGACCCCAGCACCUGGACCCGGAGAGGAGACCCCAGUGCCCGGACCCGGAGAGGGAGACCCCAGCGCCGGCAGAGGCAGUGGAGGUAAGGAGGGUGAGAAUGCACAUCCCACCUGA